GUCUGGCUUCAUGUGUAGUUCCGUGAGUCACCGCUUGUGUUUCCGCGCCUGUCUCUACAUGUUCGUGUCUGACUCGUCCCGUGUCAGUGCUGCCCGGGACGGUCCACAGCCGUCUGUGCUACUGUGGGGAAGUCACGAGUGCUGGCGUGAGGAAGCUACACGGAUUGGCCGCAGUGUGUUUUUUCUGCUUUUUCUUGUGAAGGGAGGAGUGUCCGGUUAGAGGAACAUGAUCUUCCUCACACGUUGAACUCGGAGGAGUCCAAACUGGAGGAGACGAGACUUCAGCAGGACAAUGUUGAGCUUCAGACUCGCCUACAGUUUCUCAUACAACCUGUUCCAGUUCUGUGGCCACACGUGGAUACUGGCCAAUACUGUCGCCAGGUUUCUUAUGUUUGGCCAAGAUGCUUUGGCCGACACCUUUUACUCUGUGGGCUUUGUGAUGAGUCUCUGCCAGCUGCUCUCCAUUCUGGAGCUUUUCCACAUUGCGGACGGCAUCGAGAAAGCCCGACUCCUCCCUCGCUUCAUCCAA